AUGAGGGUGCAAAUCUGGAUGCUUCUAGCCACCCAAUGGUUGACACCAGCGGACGCAAACCGAAAGAUUGACCGGAAGAAAGUUGUCUCGAAUUUCAAUCCUCAGAGACAUGAAAGCUCCAACUCAACACCAGUUCAAGUGGGCAAUGGAAAUUUCGCUUUCGGGGUUGAUGUAACUGGCCUGCAAACUUUCCAGCCCUUCGCCAUCCAGUCUUCGUGGGGUUGGCAUAAUUUUUCCCUGCCGACGACUCCAGGUCAAACCCAAUUGACUGAUUUCACCGGCUUAGAUUGGUGGACUCAUGGCCGCCUUGUUAAAUACUCCCAGCCUAAUUCAGCAGAACCCGAAAUCUCCAAUUGGUUGAUACAAAAUCCGCAGCGCAUCAAUCUCGGACGCAUUGGAUUUUGGUUUGGUAGUGACCAUGUCGAUAUAACUGAGUCGGAUCUCUCCGAAAAGUUACAGACUCUUGAUCUAUACUCUGGAAUCAUAUCAUCUCAGUUCACCGUCUUGGGAUCGAAGGUCACUAUUAAAACCUCUGCGGACCCGGAUUCGGAUACUGUCGCUAUCCAGAUUCAAUCCGACCUGAUCAAAAAGGGUCAGUUGGGAGUGUUUUUCGACUAUCCAUACCCGGAUCGAAAUAAGUUUGACGCGCCAUUUGUUGGCGUUUGGAAUGCUUCUUCACUACAUACUACGUCGCUUCAGCAGAGCAGAUCCCAAGCCCAAAUCUCUCACGAUAUCGAUGCGACGACUUACUACACCAAUAUCUAUUGGGAUGGUGAAGGCUGUAUAUCCGACGCUUCGAAAGGGACCCACAGAUACGUCCUUCAAGCGAAUCCGAGCCAUGACUCAACGCUCGAGUUAACGGUCAACUAUUCUCCAAAACGCGGACAACGCUUCGAAGAUGACGCGGGCUCUGUUGUCCGCUCUUCGGCCAAAUGGUGGAGAGAAUAUUGGGAAGAUGGAGCAUUUAUAGAUCUCACCGGAACUAAGGACACAAAGGCCACCGAGCUCCAACGCAGAAUCAUACUCUCCCAGUAUCUAUUAGCAGUGAACGAAGCGGGAAGAGAUCCACCUCAAGAGUCGGGAUUGGUAAAUAAUGGAUGGUAUGGAAAGUUCCACAUGGAAAUGGUGCUAUGGCAUCUUCUCCAGUGGGCACGGUGGGGGAAAUGGUCGCUCUUGGAUCGCAGUAUCCCUCAUGUGUAUGAUCGUUUCCUUCCCACUUCCAUCGAACGAGCUCGUGAUAUGGGGUAUAAAGGGGCACGAUGGGGGAAAAUGAGUGAUCCGACUGGAAGAUCAGCACCAGGUGAAAUCAACUCGCUCUUAAUUUGGCAGCAGCCACAUCCAUUCUACUUCGCCGAAGUAGAAUAUAGGGCAUUCCCGAGCCCCGAAACUCUGAAGAAAUGGGAUAAGGUCCUUACUGAGUCUGCUGAGUACAUGGUCUCUUUUGCCUGGUGGAAUAGCUCUACAAAUGUAUUUGAUCUCGGUGCCCCGAUGUACCCUGUCUCCGAGAACACCAAUCCUAACGCAACGAUUAACCCAACCUUCGAGUUAGCAUACUGGCGCUUCGGCCUCAAGAUAGCCGAAAAAUGGAAAGUCCGUCAAAAACUCGAAGCCCCCCCCUCCUGGCUCAAUGUAUCCAAAAGUCUGGCCCCCCUCCCAAUAAUCAACAGCACAUAUCCUAUUUACGAGGGUAUACCCGAUAUGUGGAUCGACCCGGUAACAUAUACUGACCACCCAGCCAUGACCGGAAUAUAUGGGCUCCUCCCUCCAACAUCAGACGUAAACCUCACAGUCGUCGCAAACACCGCCAACAAAAUUGCCUCCGUCUGGGACUUCGCUAAUUUGUUUGGCUGGGAUUUCCCUAUGCUGGCUAUGAAUGCUGCACGGUUGGGCAGAUCCGAUACGGCGAUUGAGUAUUUACUUGAUCCGAAUUUUGCGUUUGAUGAUGUGGGAAUGCCAAUUGGAGGGCCGAGAGUGCCGACGCCAUAUUUUCCUGGGAGUGGUGGUCUAUUGCUCGCUGUUGCUAUGAUGGCUGGUGGGUGGGAUGGGAACGAGGGUCCGAAGUUCCCUAAGGGUUGGGAUGUCAGGGCUGAGGGGUUUCUUCCUGCGCUGUAA